UCCAGGGAAAGGUGCCUGCAGGCGGUCAGGCGUGGAGGUUCUCCGGGUUUGAUCCGCGUCCCAGCUCCGGCCCGUCCCCUGGCCCCUCCCCGCGACCGGCUGGAGUCACACAUGUGUUUUCCUGUUUUCCAUUUCGGUCCCGUCACCCUCUGCCUCUUCUGCUCCUCAGAGUCAACAGCUGCUGCGGCUUGAGCCCUCUGCCCCCCGCUGGUGCCCCUUCCCCGCACCUCUCCCACCCCACAGCGUGCCACGGCCCCCUCCUUCCCACACCCGCCCCUGCCAGGCCGCGGGACAGAGGGCCAUGCCAGGGAGCUGGUGACGGCUGCGCUCUUCCUUCGCCAUGGCUGACGGCACUAAGUAUGCGAAGGCCCCCCAGCGGGAGGGGGAGCCCAACUCUUCGGCGCCCGGGGACCCCAACUCCGGCACAGAGCAGGUGGCGCUGAAGAAGGAGAUCUCGCUGCUGAAUGGCGUGUGCCUGAUCGUGGGGAACAUGAUCGGCUCCGGCAUCUUCGUGUCCCCCAAGGGUGUCCUCAUGUACAGUGCCUCCUUCGGCCUCUCCUUGGUCAUUUGGGCCGUGGGGGGCAUCUUCUCUGUCUUCGGGGCUCUUUGUUAUGCAGAACUGGGCACCACCAUUAAGAAAUCUGGGGCCAGCUAUGCCUACAUCCUGGAGGCCUUCGGGGGACUCAUGGCCUUCAUCCGCCUCUGGACCUCCCUCCUCAUCAUCGAGCCCACUAGCCAGGCCAUCAUCGCCAUCACCUUUGCCAACUACAUGGUGCAGCCUCUCUUCCCGACGUGCCUGGCCCCCUACGCUGCUGGCCGCCUGCUGGCCGCUGCCUGCAUCUGUCUUUUAACCUUCGUUAACUGUGCCUACGUCAAGUGGGGAACCGUGGUUCAAGACAGCUUCACUUACGCUAAGGUCGUGGCUCUGAUUGCUGUCAUUAUCGCUGGCAUCGUCAAACUUUGCCAGGGAGCUACAAGCCACUUUGAGAAUUCCUUCGAGGGCUCGUCGUUCGCGAUGGGCGACAUUGCCCUGGCCCUGUACUCGGCUCUGUUCUCCUAUUCGGGCUGGGACACCCUCAACUACGUCACCGAAGAGAUCAAGAACCCCGAGAGGAAUCUGCCCCUUUCCAUUGGCAUUUCCAUGCCCAUCGUCACCAUCAUCUACAUCAUGACCAAUGUGGCCUAUUACACCGUGUUAGACAUGCAGGACAUCCUGUCCAGUGAAGCUGUUGCUGUGACUUUUGCAGACCAGAUUUUUGGAAUAUUCAACUGGACAAUUCCACUGGCAGUUGCAUUAUCCUGCUUCGGUGGCCUUAAUGCUUCCAUUGUGGCUGCUUCUAGGCUCUUCUUCGUGGGCUCCCGCGAAGGCCAUCUCCCUGAUGCCAUCUGCAUGAUUCACGUUGAGCGGUUCACACCGGUGCCUGCUCUGCUCUUUAAUGGUAUUAUGGCACUGUUCUACCUGUGCGUGGAGGAUAUCUUCCAGCUCAUCAAUUACUACAGCUUCAGCUACUGGUUCUUUGUGGGGCUCUCGAUUGUUGGUCAGCUUUACUUGCGUUGGAAGGAUCCUGAUCGGCCUCGUCCACUCAAGCUCAGCCUUUUCUUUCCCAUUGUCUUCUGCCUCUGCACCAUCUUCCUGGUGGCUGUUCCACUGUAUAGUGAUACCAUCAACUCCCUCAUUGGCAUAGGCAUUGCCCUUUCAGGUCUGCCUUUCUACUUCCUGAUCAUCCGAGUGCCAGAGAAAAAACGACCUCAUUACCUCCGAAGGAUUGUGGCAUCUGCCACACGGUACCUCCAGAUCCUAUGUAUGUCAGUGGCUUCAGAGAUGGAUUUUGAAAAUGGAGCAGAGAUGUCCAAGCAGGAUUCCAAAUCCAACUAAAUUAUCACCCAGAAUACUGAGGUGUGGAAAGCAGGGGCCUUUCUUUCACCUACUGGCUGCAGCCAAAGAAGCUGAAAAAGAAACUCCCCGUCUUUUGAGAGAGUGCUCAGAAGCCUGGGCUCCGGCGACCUUUGAACUUGCAUUUUUCAGAUAGAAAAUAAUUUAUUUGUUUUGCUACAUAUUGUUCCAGAUUUUUUGAAAGAAUGAGUAGACUGGUGGGGAGCAUAUCAGGUGUGGGGAUUUGAUUGUUCUAAAAAAGUACAUUCCCAUGUGUAAGACACUCAAGUCUGGGUGUGCCAACCCACUCCUUUUCCUUUAAAAGGGCCAAUAAUGCUCCAAACUGUCUCCUUUUCAGAGACAUGAAACUGUCACAGGUGUUGGACAAUAAAGGGUUAUGUUCCUAUG